CGGUAUUGAUAAAUGCAAACAUGUCAGACCGUUGAAAAAUGUGAUACUCAACCUGUGUCACACUUACAAGUCAUAGGACAUGUAGUCCCCAACACAAGGGCUUAUAUCAUCUACCACCUACUCAUUACAUGCAUGAAGAAGGCAUUGCAAUCAUGGCAGCACUACCGCCCGGAAUCGACCUAAACAAUAUUCCCGCCCUCAGUCCGCCGGCGGGAGAAACUAGCAACCUUGUCAACCCAUACAACAUUAACAUAUACAUGUAUAUCACUGCAUCUAUAGGUCUGGGAUUAUCAAUACUAGCGGUCGUCGUGCGAAUCUUGGCCAAAUGUCGUGUUGUGCGAACAUUACAGUUGGAGGAAUUAAUAUUACUACUUUCACAGUGCGGAUUCGUUGUGUUUGUCGGUUUAAUGAUACAUUCGACAAAGUUGGGACAGGGAACACACCAAUGGAAUGUCUCAGUUGCUCAUUUUCAAAAGGUUGUGGAGCUGGCAAACAUUAUCGAAGUCAUUUAUUGUCCGACAAUAAUCGGAGCUAAAGUUGCGUUGCUGCUUCAGUUACGACGAGUGUUCAUCGUUGUCAAAAAAGGGUGGAUGUAUUGGCUGCAUCAAAUCAUUCUUUGGGCUAAUCUUAUUGCGUAUCUCGGGCUAAUGCUUAGUAUUAUAUUUACUUGCGUGCCACGUGAAAAGCUAUGGAACCCAUCUAUAUCAGGCCAUUGCCAGUCAACCUCGGUCUCAUUGAUUGCAUCCUCAGUGAUCAAUGUUCUUUCGGAUGUAACAUGCUUCAUCAUGCCUUUGGUCGUGAUCGCUGGUCUCCAAUUACCCAAGAAAACGAAAUUUGUUCUUGGCAUUAUUUUUGGCACAGUUAUACUUGGAAUUAUCACUAGCAUGUUUCGACUCGUUUACACGGUGAAGCUCACCCAGACAUACGAUUUUACAUGGGCUAUUAUGCCUGUCGGGCUGUGGGCAAUCGCUGAAAUCGCCUCCAUCAUCCUUGCCGGCUCCAUUCCUUUACUCCCCGGUCUUGUCAGAUUUGUCCGAAAUCAAAGCUCUGGUACGGGGGGUCAGUCUUCUCGAGUAUAUUGGCAUAGUCCUUCCACCCCAUCCAAGAACCGGCAGCAAUACUCGAAUAAUCAAAACACUAUCUGGGACCAAGAGCGCGCGGAUGCGAUGGAUAAUAGCAAGUAUGAUGCACACAUUAGUACAUCCUCUUUAGUCCACCAUGGUGAUUCUAUUUCCUUGGGGGUAUUAAAAACAGUAGAAGUACAGACAACAAAUGCACCAGCUAAUUCCUAAGUUAACAAAAUAAAACCUUUAAUGGAAUUUGCGUAUAUUUCAC